GCUUGCGAUGGCUCAUCACCCCUCCCCGCGUGUCUUCCCUGCAGGGGUGACCCGGACAAGUGUGACAUCUGGGGCAACACGCCCCUGCACCUGGCAGCUUCCAAUGGCCACCUGCACUGCCUCUCCUUCCUGGUGUCCUUCGGGGCCAACAUCUGGUGCCUGGAUAACGACCUCCACACGCCGCUGGACAUGGCGGCCAUGAAGGGCCACCUGGAGUGCGUGCGCUACCUGGACUCCAUCGCGGCCAAGCAGAGCAGCCUCAACCCCAAGCUGGUGGGCAAGCUGAAGGACAAGGCCUUCCGCGAGGCGGAGCGGCGCAUCCGCGAGUGCGCCAAGAUGCAGCGCAAGCACCACGAGCGCAUGGAACGGCGCUACCGGCGCGAGCUGGCCGAGCGCUCGGACGCGCUCAGCUUCUCCAGCCUCACGUCCAGCACGCUGAGCCGCCGGCUGCAGCAUCUGGCGCUCGGCAGCCACCUGCCCUACUCGCAGGCCACGCUGCACGGCACCGCCAAGGGCAAGACCAAGAUCCAGAAGAAGCUGGAGCGGCGCAAGCAGGGCGGCGAAGGCACCUUCAAGAUCUCCGAGGACGGCCGCAAGAGCGUGCGCUCGCUCUCGGGCCUGCAGCUGGGCAGUGACGUGAUGUUUGUGCGCCAGGGCACCUACGCCAACCCCAAGGAGUGGGGCCGCGCCCCGCUCCGGGACAUGUUCCUCUCCGACGAGGACAGCGUCUCCCGUGCCACACUGGCGGCCGAGCCUGCGCGCUCGGAGGCCAGCACCGACUCAGGCCACGACUCCCUGUUCACCCGCCCGGGCCUGGGCACCAUGGUGUUCCGCAGGAACUACCUGAGCAGCGGACUGCACGGCCUGGGCCGCGAGGACGCGGCCCUGGACGGCGCGGGCACGCCGCGGGGUCGGCUUCAGAGCUCCCCCAGCCUCGACGACGACAGCCUGGGCAGUGCCAACAGCCUGCAGGACCGCAGCUGCGGGGAGGAGCUGCCCUGGGACGAGCUGGACUUGGGCCUGGAUGAGGACCUGGAGCCCGAGACGAGCCCGCUGGAGACGUUCCUGGCCUCCCUGCACAUGGAGGACUUCACCUCCAUCCUGCGGCAGGAGAAGAUCGACCUCGAGGCGCUCAUGCUGUGCUCGGACCUCGACCUCCGCAGCAUCAGCGUCCCCCUGGGACCCCGCAAGAAGAUCAUGGGGGCCGUGCGGAGGCGGAGGCAGGCGCUGGAGCGCCCACCGGCCCUGGAGGACACAGAGUUGUGA